AUGAAACUUUUUUAUCAAAAAGAUUUCUUUGGAUCAUUAUCCAAGAUUCUGAUUAUGACUGUAAACAAUAAACCUGAAUAUAAUGAUACUAAUUCAUCCAAUUAUAAUAAUCAAUGGUUUCAAAUUGAUAAAGAAAUUUAUAUGGAUCGUUAUUUAAUCUCUAAUGCUAGUGAAGUUGAAGACUGUUUGAUGAAAUCUGGUGAUAUAAAGCGUGAAUUGGAACAAUUAAAUAAAAAAAUUAACAACAUAACGAAUUUUCAAGUAAUUUAA